AUGGCAAAGUGGCGGGAAGAGCUAUUACAGGGUAUUACUUCCGUAGAAGGAAAAGGAAAUUCUGGAAAGAUGGUUGUCUGGGGAGAGAAAGCAGAGCCUAUACUGGCUGGAAAUUACGCAGAUCAAGUGUUCAUGGUUGCUGCUGAACACGGAAACGGGCGGAUGGUUGUAUUCUCACAAAAUCCGUACGGAGAAGCUUUUUUACAAAAUCCAGAUUGGUUUUCACAACUGAGACAAAAUAUAAUUAAAUGGCUUUCGAAAGGUGCCGAUCUUCAAAAUGUAAACAUUGUGCGCGUGCGUGGUGGAACGAAGUUUGAUGAGCUAAAAGUGGGCGAAACGAUUGCUGUUCUUAAGGGUUCUAGCAAACCAGAAAAUAAAGAGUUUUUUCAAAACCUCGAAGACUUUGUUACGUCUGGAGGAGCUGUGGUUAUUGCAGAAACACCUUGGGGUUACUUGCAACUUAUUGGAGGCAGCAUAGAAACCAUGCCACAUUUUAAAUUGUUGAGAAACGUGGGUGUGUGUUUUACUACAAAGUAUUUUUCAAACACAGGGGAAGUGAAAGUGGAAGAUAAUCCGGCAUACUAUGCGCAUCUUGGAAGACGGAUGAAGAAAGCUCAAGAAAGUCAAGAAAAUCUUCAACAACUGGCUAACAGCAUUGUGAAAAUGAUAUCUAUUAUGCCGAAAUCUUUGUUGGUUUCAGAAGAUAGUUUCAAAACUUUUUUUGAAACCUGUGAAGAAUAUAUAAAACAGACAAUAAUUCCUACUUCCCAGAAACCUGUAAAGGAACAGUCAGCCAAAGAUCUUCUAAUACUUUAUGAUAUAUUACUGAGAUUGAAUGGCCGUAAAGCUCCGGGAAUCGAACACUUUCCAGGUGAUUUUGAAUCCCCACCUGUCCUAACAAAGGCCACGAUUUCUUUGAAUUCCACUUUGAGGGACUUCCACCCAACUGGCUACUACCUACCUGCUGGGCAGGAAAUGAAGAUGACCGUGAAAGGAACCGACGUACAAGGUUGGAAAAUACGUAUUGGAUGUCAUAGUGACAAUCUGAAACACGUCACUAAGGGUUGGAAAAGAUGGCCAUCAAUUAUGGUAGGACGACCAGUAUCUCCAGGAGAAACAACAAUUUCAAGUCCUUACGGAGGGUUGAUAUACUUUGAAAGUCCACCAGCGAAGAAAAGUCUAGAAGUUGAGCUAGAGUCUGUUGUAGAAGCUCCAUAUUUCGACAUCAAAGAUCCAGAAGCACCUUCACAUUGGAAAAACCGAAAGCACUCCCCAGGACUUUGGACAGAUCUUGUGGGAGAAUUUUUGAUUAUAACUUUACCAUCGUCAUCCAUACGAAACUUUGACCACCCGACAGAGCCUUUAACGUUUUGGGACCAGGUGAUAAGGAGCUUAUCAUUAUCUUCGUGGAACGGACAUCACUCUUCACCGUCGUCAAUGGCUAGUUCCCGAUAG